UUUGAAACAUGUAGACGGUUUAAAUUUUGAUUGGAUUACAAUAAAACUUUCGCGUUCCGACAAAAUAGCGAUGAAGGGCGUUUGUGUAGGAGAAGUUAUCCCGAUUUAAAUAAAGGAAAAUACAUUUUUGAGAACAAACCAACAAUGGAAGUUCCUGGUAAACAAAACGCCAAAACGACAUUUUCUGCUUCAACGGGCUCUGAUGAGGACUUUUUUUUAUUCUGUAUCCCGUGUGAUAGAGAUGGUGCCCGGGUACCAGCAAAAUGUUAUUGUUCAACCUGCAAAGAACAUCUAUGUGACACUUGUUACAAGCACCACAAGAAACAAACUCCAUCACGUCAUCAUAUUCUAAUAGAUCAAGACUCUAUGCCAACUACACCAAGCGUUCCAAUCGUCAAAGGUGAAUUCGAUAGUUGUGAUGAUCAUGAAGACGAACAACUGAAAUUUUACUGCAAAGAGCAUGACAUCGUUGCUUGCAGUGUUUGUGUAACGCUGAAUCACAGGUUAUGUAAUGUGGAAUACAUACCGAAACUCUCGAAGCACAUUCUAGACAGUAAAGAGCUUAAUGAAACAAUGUCAGAAAUGAAAGCACUGGAGGAUAGUUAUAAAUCACAGAUAAAGAGAGUAAAAGAUGAGAUGAAAGCUAUUUCUCAAAACCACAAUGGCGUAAUAAAGGCGAUUCAUCAUUUCAGAAAAGAAAUAAAUACACGUCUAGAUGAAAUGGAAAAAUAUGUUGUCGAAGAAGCUGACAACAUACUUCUUAAACAACAAACAAAUCUAAAUGAUUUAUCAACAGGUGUACAAGAAAUCACAGAUAAACUGACUGAGAAACGAAAACGAAUUGAUAACCUGAUACAGAGAAAUUGCCUUGAUAAGCUGUUUGUUGAAAUGAAAGAAACAAAGAAACGAGUUGAAGAAAUGAGGAUGAAGCAAAAACAGUAUAGUCGAGUAGAUGUUUUCCAGACUGUAUCAUUUGUCAAAAACAGCGAUAUUGUCGAGAUGUUAGAAAGACACAAGCAACUGGGAGAACUUAUUACAAAGAAAGCAUCCAUGGGUGAAAAUGUUCCAGUGAUGAAACCUACAUCAACCCCGUCUGAGGAUAAGACGCUAAAUCUUGAGGUUGUUGAAGAUAUAGAUUUGAAUUCUUCAUCGGGAAACACAGAAUGUAACAUAACCGGGAUAGAAGUUAUUAAGCCCGACAAGAUAAUUAUGUGUGAUUACAGCGACAAUAAAAAUGUUAAAUGCUAUGAUACAGUUAAAAAAAUAAUUGUAUCAGAGAUAAAAUUAACUGAGUCACCGUUUGAUGUUGCAGCUAUAACGGAUGAUAAGUUUGUCGUGACUGUACCUGGUAAGAGAAGUAUUCAUUUCAUGUCGCUAAGAAAUCAACACAUAGUUUCUGGUCGUAAGGUGAAUAUCAACGAGGAAUGUUAUGGUAUUGUUUACAGCCAAGAUAAGCUUGUUGUGUCAUGUAAUUAUAGUCCAGGGAAAGUUUUAAUUCUUGACCUACAAGGUAAAAUAUUGCAAAGUUUUAGUGGAGUAAGUAGUCUGUUCUGCAUACCCUUUUAUAUCACCGUGAAUUCUGCUGGAACGUCUAUAUAUGUCAGUGACUGUGGUUCUACCGUGAAGGCUGUUAAACAACUAGACUGGGCAGGGAAAUGUUUUAAAUACCUAUCAACCAGCAUGGCGAGGAGACUAUCUACGAGAUAUUUGUGAAUUUAAUGAUGGCACAUUUCUUGUUUGUUUGGCUCAAGAUAGUGACGACAAUUUACAAAGAGUAUCUGGCAGCUGUAAGCCGUGUAAGAUAGCAAUAAAUGGGAAAAUUUGUAAAUGGUACCCGGGAGUUGUGGCAUACUGUCAGAAAUCGAGAAGACUUUAUGUGUCUUAUUCUGAAACAGGGGUUUUUGGUCAAAAACAUCGAAUCAAAUUUUUUCAGGUUGACUGGUGUUAAGUUACAUCAUGAUGAAAAGUAUACAUUUAGUUUGAACUUAUACAUGUUCAAUGUUACAGUUUGAAAGACAUUAUAGAGUUAUUGUUCAAAAUCAUGUUUAGAUGAUAAUGUCUUUUAUAUUCAAAAUGGUGGCUUGAAAAUAUUCUGUCAAUAUUUUGUUUCAUUGACACCAAUAGUUAUUUAUGUACAUAUAUUUUUGGAAGGAUUUCAGUACAUUCUAAGUCUUAAAUAAAAUGUUAUAAAUAGGUAUGGAAAUGAUGUCUGUCAGUCGAUUAGAAAUUUUACUUAGACGCCCCUCCCUUUAGUGAUUGAUUUUAAUUUCGGAAGAUUUAUGUUCAAUUCAAAAUUUGUAUAUAAUAAAGUUUCCCCACUUCAUUUUCUCUCCUUCGUUUUUAAUAAAUAAAUAAAUAAGUAAAUAAAUAAAAA